AUGCUCCCACACUACCGCCUACCUCUUCCCCUCUUCCUCCUCUUUCUAGUUACCCUCACCUCCCUAACCCCCCUAACCCACGCCGCCGAGUCCCUUCCCGCCGGCGUCGACAUCACAGAAGACACCCCCGGCCAAGUAACCAUCAACGGCGACCCGACAGGCAACACGACCCUCGGCCCGCAUAUCCCUAUAACGGCGACCCUUUUCUCUGGCGUCCCCGGGCCAUCGGCCUGUCGCGGGCAUGUUAUUUUGCAUCUUGCGCUUGGUUCCCUGACUACCGGUGGUAGCAGUCCGGAUGGAGGAGGGCAGGGGGAAGCGACGGCGCCACAGGCAGAGACCUGCUACGACCUCUCUGGUACUUCUUCUUCCUCCGGCGGAGGCGGCGCGGGCUGUGGGGUAUUCACAGCGAGUAAAGAAGCCGGGUGCGAAGCGCGAUUGUUUGCCGAGCCGCGGUGUAGGGUGUAUGUUAACACGGCGGUGUUUAUUCAGGAGGAGAGGGCGGUGGGCGGACGGUGGCGGAGUUUGGGGGUGCGGUGUGGAGUGCCGGCGCCGGAUGAGGCGAGUUUGGGGAAGCCGCCUUUGGCGGGGUUGAUGAGUUCGGCGAUGGUGGUGAAGAAGCCUGGGAGGGUGAGGAGGAGGGGAGGUUGA